AUGAAAACUUCAGUUCUCGAGAUAGACAGCACCAUACCCGAGUUCCCUGUGGACUCCACAGAUCCGGAAGUGACUUUUGUUUUCUCUGACGGCGAUUCUUCGGACGAGAAGUCCUUGGACAGUAAAGAGAGCGACGAAAACUUCAGACCAACUCAUCACAACCUUCUCACCCCACAGCUGAGACGUUCGGCCUCGGAUUCCUCUUUUAGCUCAUAUGCCUCCUCUCCAGAUGCUCUCGGAUCAAAUGAUACUGUCAAAAAUUUAACCGAGGAAAAUUCGUUGGCGCUUGGCGAGUCAGGUGUUCUCGCACAUAAUUGGUAUGGUAAAAGUGGAGGAUCCAUUCAUGCCGACGGUCGGUGGUUUAAGGACGAGCAAGGUCGAGUUUGCUUGAUGCGUGGUGUCAACUUGUGCGGCAAUUCCAAGCUACCCACAAAACCUGAUGGUUCUAGUCACUUAUUCGAAGGCUUCUUCGAUCACCGUAACGUGUCCUUUAUUGGACGUCCGUUUGCAUUAGAAGAAGUGCACGAGCAUUUUGCAAGAUUGAGGACGUGGGGUCUAACGUUCGUUCGACUUCUGGUAACUUGGGAGGCCUUGGAACAUUCCGGACCUGGUAUUUACGAUGAGGAAUAUAUCGACUAUCUUAUCAACGUUAUCGAAGAGAUGCCCAGAUACGGAAUCAAGUGUUUCAUAGAUCCUCAUCAAGACUGUGUACGUGGAAAAAACUUUAUCAUCAUGCAUCAAUUAAUCUUCAAUCACCGUAAUGAUUCCUCUAACAGGUUGUGUAAAUUGUUCAAAGAAACUGGAGCUGCGUACGUGCACAACACAAAUCACCAACCAGGCGAUUCUUUGCCCAUGGUGUGGCCCACGAAUUACACAAAGUUGGCUAGUAGCACGAUGUUCACCUUGUUCUGGGGUGGUAAAAGUGAUUUGACGAUAAAAAAUUUAAACAUUCUAAAAAGUCCCGGAUACAUCGGUCUUUCUGAUUUUCACCGCUAUGACGCCGGUACAACGCUUGUUUUCGGCGACUCUCCAAGCGCUCUACAAUCUUUUGCCUUGGGAGACGGAAUUGCACAGGAGGUUGAAGUAUGGACCAAGUCUUGGCCAUUUCCCACCCGCAAAUCUUCCACACGAAUCAUGAAUAAGGAUGGUGCGUCCACCUGGAUAAAUGGAGAGUGCAUUUGGAGAAAACACGGAUUGUGGGAAGUUGAUUCGAAAACGGGAAAACCCAAAGUUCUGAAACCAGAUUAUUUCAUAAGGCACCCUAAAACUGGAGAAAAACUUGAUUUUUAUAAGGAUUUUUACCUCCCAUUUGUAAAGAGGUAUUCAGAGGGUAUACAAAGUGUUAAGAGCGAUUAUCUAGUUUUUGUGGAACCUAUUCCCAAUGAAGGAGCUCAACAUAUUGUGUCUGCUACGUACUUUGGGAUUUCCGGUGCGAAAAAGAAUUAUUUCGGUCAAGUUCAGAACAUCGUUAGAAAAGGUUUAAAGAAUGCGGGGAACAAACCUUGCGUCAUAGGAGAAUGUGGAAUACCUAUGGACAUCAAUGAUAAAAAGGCUUUCGAAACCGGUGAUUACAAACAUCAUAUCAACUUCUUGGAUGCUGUUUUGGGUGCCAUGGAAGGAAAUCUUGUGAAUUUCACGUUAUGGAAUUAUAAUCCAACUAAUGACAAUAUACACGGUGAUCAUUGGUAUGGUGAGGACUUUUCAAUAUUUUCUCCGCCUCCUACUAAAACUGUCGUUUCGGAGCUUCCUUCUGUGACCGCCAUUCCUGCAGACGUCUAUCCUUCAAGUCAGCUAAAGUCUCAGGUGCAGAAAGGGUUGACGAUCGAAACAUUUAUUGCUAAGGAGCAAAUGUAUCUGGAUUCAAUGGAAGGGCCCGAUGCGGAAGUCUAUGCUGAAUGCACCACCACCAGUCCAACGUCUCCUUUCAACCUGAAUCCAUGGGAGUUUGACCAAGAGAGUUUUUACGAUCCAUCGCAUAACACCGGUGGGCGGGUCUUGGAUGCCGUUUUGCGUCCUUAUGCCUCCAAAUUUCCCGGCAUACCACAAACCAUGACCUUCAACUUGAAAACCAAAGAAUUCAACUUUAAAUUUGUAAACUUUCCGCAUGACGAUGACAAUCUUUCAAAAUCCGUUGCUCCGGAAGCCGAAAUAUUCAUACCAACUUAUCAUUACAAGAAACUGGCUCUUGAUAUUCGUGUUUCAGACGGUGACUGGAGGUAUGUUAGAAACGGUCAGACCUUGUAUUGGAGGGUUAAAGAUUGGUCCACAGAAGGUUUGGUCCAUUCACUGAGAAUUCGAGUAAUUGAUGGCACCAAUUCUAAAAGUAUGGCGACUUCUGGAAGUGUGGAACUUUCACAUAAUGUCAGCAAGAAGCUUGAAAUUGAUUCUGAUGAAUUCAAAGUUUACAACGCAAGGGUUAUUUUAGUUCUGGUGGUGACAUUACUCUUGGCCAGCAAGGAGAGAAACGCCAGAGACUUUGACGACCUUGAAGCGGACACCGGGAAUAUCACCAAUCUACAGAAGAGCACGUCCUUUACGACCAAAACCGGCAAGCAGCACUUCAUCAUUCUCGUCCACAUAAUUCAGGCAACCAUCAUUGGGGACGAACGCGACGCGAUUUUCGAGCCAAAUGUCAUUGACUUUGUCAAACAGCUAGUUGAAAAGUCGCUAGAAUACAUUCCUGAAAUUUACAAAUCUCUUUGCCACAGCUAUAACGGUGAACCAUCAAAGAUUCAAUUGAUAAGCGAUCUUUACGAUGAAUUCGUAAGUUCGAGCACACAACCCAAGGCCGAAGUAGUGUGUCAAGAUGCACUAAAGAAAAUGCUCUUGGAAAAAUAUGACGCUGCCAAAAUUGACGAAGUAGCGAAAUCCUCGGGAGAGGUUCUUGAGACGGUGUUUCCAUUAAUUCAGUCAGCAUACUGGAGACAAGUAAUCUAUGAAUUGUCAGAGAAAUAUCCGGAAAGUUACUUCUUAAGUCUCUUGAUACAGCGCAUUGCAGAUAAAGGGCAUUUCAGGGAGAUUAAAUAUCUCAAAACUUCAGCGACAUAUAUAGAAGUAUAUUCCAAAGUGUUGCUGGACCAAUUCGACACUUUAAUUCAAAUGGACGAGGCCGGAGUUCAGAAACAUCUACCAGAUUUAAUUCGAACAGUCAGCCUUCACCCACAUUCUUAUCUGUUUGUUCAAACUUUAAUCAAGAGGUUAUCUCAGGAGCCAAAUGGAUAUCCACUGAGAAAACUGUCCAAAGAAUUAGAGAAAGGUGUCAACAAAUUAGGAUCAGACCUCAUUCCUAACUUAAGAAGCUUAAUAGCGGCACCACCAAAUUUUAUCAGUUCUUCAAUACUAUACAUCCCCCCAACCCCUGGUGACGUGGUCGCGGAAAUGGCGAAUGGAGAGAUCGAUAGUAGCAAAGUCGACACCACAUUUGAGACGCUUAAAAAGCUCGCGGUCACAUUAUCAAAAAAAGGCGCCACAGGAUCGGAAUUUAACUCGAUCGUUCCGGAUUUACUGGUAUAUAUAGACACGCCAAUUGCCUCGAUGGCCACAAUUUUCUGGAUAAAGUAUUUAUUGAGGGAAACAUCAUUCUACGAGAAGCACUUUAAGGCGAACGAGGUGCCAAUACCACAUUGGAUCUUAGAAGAGAUCGCAUACAGACAUCCAUACCAACGGGGACACGUUUUUAACGCGUACAAAGCGGACUUAGAAUCAUCUCAUAAACUCACUCCCGAGGUCAUGACGACCUUAAAGAAACAGCUAUUAGAUCGCAUGAUAUUCAUGAUUUCAACCGGAUUCGUGAUGCAGGUGUUGAUGUACAUUGAAAAAAACAUAAACAAGCUGGACGAAAAAUUAGUUCUCAAGAUGACUUCGCCGCCUUAUUCCUCGGAAUUUUAUAGCGCAAUGCUUAGAUUAAUUGAACCAAUCAAUAUCGUACUGGAGGCGGGUUUAGAAACACGUCCUUUGAUUCAAAAAUUUCUGUUCGAUUGCCCAAUAUUGGAUGAAAAGAGAGCGCGAGAUGCUGUUGAACGUUUGAACGAUAUAUUUUCCUGA